AAAGUUAGAGCGAGAAGGUUGUCACCGCAAUUAACCGAUGAGGAGAAAGUAACCAACCCUAGUUAGCAACGCACCACAACGAGCGUGCGGUAGCAACUGCCACUCCGUGGUUGCCGUAGCCUCCGGUUACCGCCACCGUAUCUCCUCUUCGCCGUCGCAGAUGUUUGAUUGUCAGGAAUGUAUCGUAAGGUAUACCUGACGCGGAGUGUCAAUGCUAAAGAAAAGGUUAGGCACAUGGUAUGGACGAAUGAAAUGGACCGUUGUUUCUCUAAGAUCCUUGCAGAGCAUGUUUCAAAGGGAAAUAAAUUAGAUAAAGUUAUAAAGCCUGCAACAUAUGCAGCAGUAGUGGCAGAGUUAAAUGAAAAUUUUGGGCUCGACUUGACCAAAGACCAUCUUAAGAAUCGGCUGAAAACGUGGAGGAAACAGUAUGGUGUACUGAAGGAGAUCCUUGCUCAAAAAGGAUUUAAGUGGGACAAGGCACGGAAGAUCAUUGUUGCAGAUGAUGCUGUGUGGAAUGACUACAUAAAGGCACAUCCUGAAGCUAAACAUUUUCGUGCAAAGUUCAUUGAAAAUUAUGAAGAGUUAUGUAUUAUUGUUGGCAAUGAUCAAUCAGCAGCAAGUUCUUCUGAUAAUGGUGCUGAAGUUGAUGUUGACUUGCUGUCUGAUAACGAGGGCAUGGAUACUGCUGUAAUGUCUGUGGUUCAGAGUGAUGAUAAGAAGACAAAAAUCUUGAGAUGGACAGAAGAAAUGGAUCGCUGCCUGAGUAAGAUUUUAGUUGAAGAAGUGCAAAAGGGGCAUAAAGUGAACAAUAUUAUACAGACCGAGGCAUAUAUUACAGCUGUUAGUGCUUUAAAUGAAAUAUUUGGGCCUGAUGUAACCAAAGACCAUAUUAAGAAUCGGCUUAAAACUUGGAAGAAACAGUAUGGGGUUUUGAAGGAACUCCUUUCUCAUAAUGGAUUCAGAUGGGAUGAAACAGAAAAGAUGGUUAUUGGCGAUGAUUCAGUCUGGAAUGACUACAUCAAGACACAUCCUGAUGCUAAAUUUUUACGGGCAAGAUCUAUUGAGAAUUAUGAUGAAUUGCGUCUAAUCCUUGACAAUGGUAAUGCAAAUGGGUGCUGGUCUGCAUCUGGUGCCAAAGGUGAUUUGAAUCCCACUUUCAAUAACGAAGAGCAUGUAGAAACCCCAUUACAGAACAUCUUGGUUGAUGAGGAAAUGAGCAAGGAUGAUUCUGGUGACGACACUCAAGGGUCAUCCCAGCAGACGAGAGCUAGGCGUUCUUCAUCGUCACAUUGCAAACAGCCUUUUAAGAAGAGACGUGACAGCUAUGUAAUGAUAGAAAUGAUGAGUGCCAUGGCUGCAAAUGUUGGUAGGAUUGCCGAUGCUUUGGCAAUAAACAACCAGUCAGUGUGCUUGGAUGAAAUAUUUGAGAUGGUACAGAACAUCCCAGGUUUUGAUGACGAUCUUAUCAUCGAGGCAUGUGAAUUUCUUUCUUUUGAUGAGAAGAGGGCGAAGAUGUUCUUAAAAUUGGAUGAGAGGUUAAGAAAGCUGUGGUUGUUGAAACGUUUGCGUGGUCCUAGUGGUUAAAAUAUUGAAACCGCCCUCUGGAAGUUUGUACAUGAUUCUUUAUGUGAAUGGCUUGGACGUGCUGACAUGGUAGGAAAAGAAUGAACUUGUUUUUAUUUUUUUAUACUUCUUAUCCCUGUUGGCUUCAUUUGCCUAUUAGUAAGUUUUUGUUGCCUUGGGCUUGUUCACUUAACGUACAAUGUGGGCUGUCUGAAGUCUAGGAGGGCUGGGAUUUUACCGAGCUUGGAUAGAGUAUAAUAUAUCUUCAUAUAGGGCCAAUCACACUUCGUCUGCAGGAAUUUUUAAUUUUUAUUAGACAUUUUUA